AUGAAGCCGUACUGGCUUCUCCUAUGGUGGUGCUCGCUGCGAGGAAAGAACACUUUGACGGUCAAGGGCGUCUACUGUACAAAUGGUUCGACGCCUUGCAUGCGUACUGCUGUCUGGUGGACCGUGGUGACGCUGAUCGUCUACGCUACUUUCUACGGUGUGCUGUUCCUGUACGAAAUCGUCGAAGGUGUUUGUCUAGGGUGGCCUGGGGUAGUGAUCUUAACGGUGACGAUGGAUUACACGUUUGCGAGUAAUGGGGGCGUCGUGGAGUUAGGCGAGCUCGGCGAGGGCGUCGAGAUUCUGUCAGGGAGGAUGUCCCGAGUGAGAACGGUGGCAACCAUCUUGGGAACGGUUCCCGUUCCCCCUCUGGAGUGA